AUGCCAUCGGUAAAUUCGGUCUUUCCUUUUCUUGAAGAUAUUCGCCCAAAGGAUGAUUACACCUGGCAUAUCCGUAGAGGUCGGCUGCUGGGAUCCUAUGACUCAGUUUGGAUAAGCUCUACAACGGAUAGUUCAGGCCAAACUGCUAUGAGCUUCGUUUCCGACCUGGACUGCGCUCAAAACAUGGGGGAGGCAAGGCGCAGAUAUCUACUUUGCUUGAUACCUAAGGAAUGGGGAGUGGAAGGGGUCCGCAGUCCACUCAUGAGUAUCUGCUCGUCCUUGCCGCGUGGGAAAGCCUCCCUGUCGAGCAAAUCACGGAUCAUCAACAUCUUCGAAAAACAUUAUCACGGAUUUCAACAAGACCCCUGGACGGAGUACUCUCUGAGUCUUGACGAGUAUAAUGAAUUGCAGGGACAGGUGGGAAAGGGCAGCAACCUGGCCAGAUACAGAAAGAUUCGAUAUGAUUAUGAGCCCUUGAAAUCGCGUUUAACGAUCCGUAUGCCGACUCCCCUCCACGAAACAUUCUGCGCGAAGGUAUUUCGCACAAGCAAUGGCCUCCCCACGGAGUCAACGCCCCUAAUAUUAAAGCUCAAGGACUUCGCGACUGAACAUGAAACCAAGGGGUAUCCUGAUUUUGACCAAGAAAUAAAUAUAUCUGCAAGGGACCUGUGUGAUUACCUAGAUUUUGCCGAGUCAAGACAGAAAGCCCAGGAGCGACAUGAGGGGUCUGUUAAAAUAAUGCCCAAGGGCAUGCGAAAAUGUCGUCGGGCCGAACCCCCCCCCCCGGAUAAGAUUAACUCGGAAGAUGAGGCUAUUUUUCAGGCGCUGGAGGAGUCGGAUAGGAAGCGUGUGCGUGACUUGGAUUAUUGCCCAGGCUCAUUGCAAUCUAUCUGAAAUGGCCAAUGUAUAUAUAUAUUCUGGGUUGAACUACUGUUUUGGACGAGAUUCUGCCAGAAACUAAGUUGUGCCCCAAGCCGUCGGUCUUCGUACCGACGGUUGAGGGGGGUUGAGGUCAAAAAAAAAAACAUACAACAGUCAGGAUUCGCAUGUGGUCACCCACCAUACUACUAACUGACCGGCAAGUGGCUUGAGUACGGCUGAGCGGACGGGAAGCCCUAUUUUCCA